CUAUUUUCAUGGGUUAUUGAGCUGUAUGGAUUUUGGUCCUAUUCUUCAAGCAAGGUGCGCUAGUUUACCAGCGCAAGGAUAACAGUAGGAGUAAAGAUGACGCUGAAUGCUUGCUUAUCGGCUGGGAGACUUAAAGAGACAGCAAGACCUAGCGAGGGAGAAGAGAUAAAAUAUCGUAAAUACAUGGCCAUGUUGAUACGUCCACUUUGAAAAUACACGUUGACAGAUAUCCAACUUAACAAAACUCUACUGCAGUAUCUCAUCAUCAUUGUUGACUCUGCCUCCACCAUUGCCCCUUCUGCCGUGGCACUGGAACAUGAAGAAUGUCUGCUGUAUUACCAAAGACUGACCAGAAGGAUGCAAUGAGGGACUCCGGGGAAAGUUGCCAAGCUGCGUUGUGGAUCCAGUAGCUGGGAUUCCAAGUGCUUGUUGUGUUUGUGUGUGCGUGGGUGCAUGCUAGCACAACCUGCCCACUUCAGGCCGGGACAUGCUACUCUGAGACAGGAGUUGGACAAACAGAGAAGAAAGGAGUCGACUACCAUAAACAAGAAGGGGACAGCACGCGGUACAACAUUGGCAGAUAGACAUACUGUGUGUUUUGGUUGCAGUUUUACCCCUGUGGAAGUGGCUUUUAAUACACUGCAUAUUUCUAUACAACACCUUUUCUCUGUCUUUGUAUCACCUUCCCCCUCCCUUAAGAGUCCUGGUUGUUUUGGCCCCUCUGUGAUUUGCAUGGCCGGAGAGUAAUCGUGGAGAGGCCAGGGUAUCACAAGCUUAUGGAUUUUGACAAGAAAGGGAGUAAAGGAGAGACAGAGGAAGGGAAAAAGAUGUCUAAGGCAGCUGGCAGCAGGACUGGACAUGGGGGCCGGGGUACAGGGACCAACUCUGGGGUUCUUAUGGUUGGCCCGAACUUCCGUGUCGGAAAAAAGAUUGGCUGUGGCAAUUUUGGAGAGCUGCGGCUGGGGAAGAACCUCUACACCAACGAAUAUGUGGCCAUCAAAUUGGAACCGAUAAAGUCACGGGCUCCACAGCUUCACUUGGAAUAUAGAUUUUAUAAACAGUUGGGAAGUUCAGAGGGUAUUCCUCAGGUGUACUACUUUGGGCCAUGUGGGAAGUACAAUGCCAUGGUGCUGGAGCUGCUGGGGCCCAGCCUGGAAGACCUGUUUGAUCUCUGUGACCGCACCUUCUCCCUCAAGACCGUCCUUAUGAUAGCCAUACAGCUGAUAACGCGGAUGGAGUUUGUCCACACAAAGAGCUUGAUAUACAGAGACGUGAAGCCAGAGAACUUUUUGGUGGGGCGGCCGGGCAGCAAGAGGCAGCACACAAUCCACAUCAUCGACUUUGGGCUGGCCAAAGAAUACAUCGACCCCGAGACCAAAAAACACAUCCCGUACCGGGAGCACAAGAGCCUGACAGGCACGGCGCGCUACAUGAGCAUCAACACACACCUGGGGAAAGAGCAAAGCAGACGGGAUGAUCUGGAGGCUCUGGGUCACAUGUUUAUGUACUUCCUGCGAGGCAGCCUUCCCUGGCAAGGCCUGAAGGCAGACACUUUGAAGGAGAGGUAUCAGAAGAUUGGAGAUACCAAGCGAGCUACUCCAAUUGAAGUGCUUUGUGAAAGCUUCCCCGAAGAGAUGGCCACCUAUCUGCGUUACGUGAGGAGGCUGGACUUCUUUGAGAAACCUGAUUACGACUACUUACGGAAACUCUUCACUGACCUCUUCGAUAGGAACGGCUAUGUCUUUGAUUAUGAAUACGACUGGGUCGGCAAGCCACUUCCUACACCGAUAGGCCCCAUCCCCAGUGACACACCCGCUCAGCCCAGCAGAGACAAAGCACAACAGCAGACCAAAAACCAGGUGAUGAGCUCGACAAAUGGAGAGCUGAACACUGACGACCCGACGGCAGGACACUCCAACGCUCCCAUCACUGCUCCCACCGAGGUGGAGGUGGCUGAUGAUACAAAGUGCUGUUGUUUCUUCAAAAGGAGAAAGAGGAAACCCCUCCAGCGGCACAAGUGAAGAGAAGAACUUGAAACAUUCUGGUCACUGUCAAGUUUUAAAUGGAAGCAACUACACAGAUCACCCAUCUUAUCUCUUUCCCAAUCUCUCUCUCUUCCUCUCUUCUCUCUCUCUCUCUUCCUCUCUUCUCUCUCUCUCAGCACUCCCCUGCUACAGACGUGUAAAGGAAUGUUGUCUUUCAGACUCUGGCUCCUUUAAAAAAAGAAAAGGAAACAUUUUAAAGUACCUGCAUAGUAAACGGAGAUUGAGAGAACGUUAAAAGCUGUAAAAAUGAAACGUGAAUACCGUGACGUGAAUAUAUAAAAAAAAGAUACUGUUUGAAACAGUUGUUGUAUUUUAGAUUCCAUACAGAACAUUUUCUGUUCAACAGCCAUUGAUCUGAGGGAACUGUCAAUGAGUCGAGUGAAAGAAAUCUGUUCCAUAGAAAUAGUCCUUUAUUUAUGGGAUCAAGGUAAGAAGCAAGAAUGAACAAUACUAACUCUGGAAUCACUGAACGCAACAGGAAGCAUUUCAUCUAAACCAGAAUUGGAGGAUCUUUAUGCAUUUUUUCCCUUUUUUUUUGUAAUUUAAUCCUCAGUAGUUUUCAAAGUUGACUUCCUGGAUUGAAAACAAACUUUUACUUUUAUGUUGUAGUGUUUCUGGAAAUCUUUGUAGCACAGUCACUGGCCUCAGGUACUGUGGAAGAUUGAAAGAAACAGAUAUUAAGCUCUUUUCUUAUUAUUGCACUUUUGAAAGAAAAUAAAGUAAAGUGGAAUUCUAGGUUUGAAAUGAACAAACAAGAAAACAACAAAAUAAAGACUGAUCUAGGAAUAGUCCUAUACAAUGCUUAAAUCUGAGUAAGGGCCGAAAUGUCAAUCUACAUGAAACAAGAUGUCUUUCAGUUUUAUUUCUUACAUCAGAAUAAUUAACCAGGAAAUCAUAGUUUGUGCCUUUCCAAGUAAAAUGUUUAAAGCUCAAGUAAGUGUCCUGCAAUGACAUGUUAUCUGAAGUUAUUCCAAAUGUUGCUCAUUGACUGUGUGUGUGCUUUAUCGCUCUGAAAGCAUUGUCAAUGUCUGACAUUCCCAGGGUGUGGUCCUAUGUAGAGGUCAUACUGUCUCCAGCAAUGACUGUAUGGGUCUCCACCAUCACAACUACAGUCUAUCUCCUCUGCUAUGACAAUCAAGGGAUCUUUACAGUGGAGGUUAACUCUAUGUGCACCUUCUGGGGGAAAAAAUAUAUGCUUUUAAAGCUUGUGUAUUGCGAGCUAAGCAAUUCUAGUCAUUGAUGACGGCAGAUCAAAGUUAGUAGCAGCAAGCAAGCAUGUAAAGUUUUUUUAAAGACAAAUGAAGCGACAGCCCAUCAUUGACUGAAGUUUCCACCAGACGUAUUGAAUGCACAAGCGUUUUUCUUUUGAAGAUCCUCGCUGCAUUAGUUACAUGCAUCUUUGCCUGAACAUUGGAAUGGUCUAUGUUUGUCAUGGCCUUACAUGAGAUGUGUUACCACAACAACAUGCUCUGUCAUCUACAGUAUAUACAGUUGUCCCAAAUGGUUUUGAUCAGAGAUGACUGCAUUGUGGGGUCGCGCAUAUAUAUAUAUAUAUAUAUAUAUAUAUAUAUAUUAGUUCACAAGCAAAGCCCCCUUGAUUUUUUAAAAUUACUGUAUCGAUUUACACAGUGUACAAAACAUUAGGAACACCUGCUCUGUCCAUGACAUAGGCUGACCAGGUGAAAGCCAUGAUCUCUUAUUGAUGUCACUUGUUUAAUCCACUUCAAUCAGUGUAGAUGAAAGGGAGGAGACCAUUUAGAGAAGGAUUUUUAAGCCUUGAGACAUGGAUUGUGUAUGUAUGCCAUUCAGAGGGCAAUGGGCAAGACAAAAUAUGUACAUGCUUUUGAAAGGGGUAUGGUAGUAGGUGCCAGGCGCACUGGUUUGAAUGUGUCAAGAACUGCAACGUUGCCAGAUUUUUCAUCCUCAACAGUUUCCCAUGUGUAUCAAGAAUGGCCCACCACCCAAAGAACAUCCAGCCAACUUGACACAACUGUGCGAAGCAUUGGAGUCAACAUUAGACAGUAUCCCUGUGGAACACUUUCGACACCUUGUAGAGACCAUACCCUGACGAAUUGAUGCUGUUCUGAGGGGGAGGGGGGUGGACUCAAUAUUAGUUCCUAAUGUUUUGUACACUUAGUGUAUGUUCCCUGUUACAAAAGACUGCUUUAUCACUUCACCCUUUUAGGUAAUAUACUGUACGCUGGUGUCAUUGUGGUUAUGAGUCAAGGCCAUGUGACCCAGAAUGUAUUGUUUUAAUGAGAUCAGUCAUAGAUGUUAGCUUUUUCUGUCUACAUGAGGUUCGGGUUAGGGUUGCUAAAAAAAAACAGACAAUAUCAAUAGCAGCUAUGUGCAAACAUUUUCAUAAACAUCUCAAAUUGAAAAGAGCAAUAUAGAUGUAAUUGAAAAUGUGUUUUACUAGACUUGAAUGGAGCUCAAUUAAGUGGUUAAUUCAUUGGGUUAAAUUGAGAUGUUUCAUGUAGUAGAACUGUCUCCGUUGUUUUCCCAUGAUCAUUUCUAUCAUAAAUCUAUUUGAUUUCCAC